AUGACCACAACCAGAGAGUCUCAGUCGGCGGACUCCUUCCUCCUCCCUUUGCAAGUCGACACUUCCAAGAUCCGCAGCCUUGCACGGAGCCUACACAGCACCUUUACUAGCUUGGCCGCCGAGUCGCAAGAACAAUUUCUACCGACACCGAUUUCGGAUUCAAUAUUGAGGCCUGAGGGCGACGAGAACGGAAGCGGCGGUACGAAUCUUCGAGUUGGCUUCAUUGAGCUGCUUGGAUCUGGAGACUUCCUGCAUGGCGACCAAGAUGGCGAGAAAGGAGAGGAUAAGCAAUACAAGAUAUCACGUGUCAAACGACACUUGGAGAAAAGCUGGCCAAUUGGAGAGCAAUUGAAAAACGAUCGGGCUGAGGAAUUGUUUGCGUGGAUAGGAGAGCGGAUUGCCGAAGUCAUACAUGAUGGGUGUCUUGCCUGGCCGGGAGAACUCCCAGACCAGUUACCGCUCGGGGUCACGUUCAGCUUUCCCAUGAUUCAACACACCCUUUCCGAGGCAACCCUGAUGCCUAUGGGCAAAGGCUUCAAAAUUACCUCGAAUCUCGAUCUGGCCAAAUUGCUUCGAGAUGGCUAUGAAGUUUCGAGAAGCGCAUCGCUACCGCGCAUCAAAAUCGCGGCUAUUGUGAAUGACGCCGUAGCCACUCUUGUCGCAUUCGCAUACAUGUUUAGAAAGAACGCCCGGCACAAGGCCGUCAUGGGCCUUAUCGUAGGUACCGGCUGCAACGCAACAAUCCCUCUACCUCUCAGCAAACUUCACCCAAGCAAGAGACCAACAAAGGUCGAAAUCCAGGGCGAAAAGACCAAGGAGGCGGAUCUAGAUCUCAAGAUCACCGUGAACACGGAAUGGACAAUCAAGGGCGCAGCAGGUCCCCUACACGAGCACGGCUUCAUUACGCCUUGGGACCGGAAACUCGACGCAGAAGGCGAAAUGCCAGGCUUUCAACCUUUCCAGUACAUGACUUCCGGUCGCUAUCUGGGAGAGCUAGGUCGCAUUAUCAUUCUUGAAUUUCUCACAGAUCAUCUCUCCAUACCUGAAUCUACGCUGCCGCCUCGACUCAGACAGCGAAAUGGGCUCACGACCAGUUUCCUGGGAAGUAUCGGACCACAUCUUGCGGCUACCGAGCCUUCGAUGCUGAAGCAAGUAGAGCGAGAACUGCCUUCGUCGGAUGCGCCGCAUUCGUGGCAAUGGACAGACGAAGGAGCGUCGAUUGUGUACGCAGUAGCCAAGGCAAUUCAGAUCAGAGCGGCUGGAAUGAUAGCCGCGGCUGUCGUUGCUCUCUUGGCCUGUGCCGGAGAGAUAGAAUUAUCCACCAUCUCCUCCAGUCCGUCCAACGGUAACGAGCCUGCUCUCCCCAUGGACGGCGGCGAAUCAGAGCUCGAGGAGAUGAUGGUGGGAUAUACCGGUAGCUGCAUAGUUCACUUCCAAGACUACCUGGAAGACAGCCAGUGGUUUCUCGACGAGAUCAUGGAAGCCGAGUUUGGAAAUGGAGAGCGGGUGCCGAGGGUCUCGCUGCGGCCUUGUCACGACGGUGGUAUCAUUGGCGCAGGGAUCCUGGCGGGGACGGUCCAGAGUGUGAUGGCCCAAGAUGCUUGA